AUGAUUCUUAGUAGAGUUACACUAGUUUUGGCCACCAAUGAUCCGAUGCCAUCGACUAGUAGACAACAUCGUGAAACGGAUUUCCCGGAAUUGAGUGGCAAACUGACGGGCAGGAAGGAGAAGGGUAGACGUAGCGCGGUGGCCGACCGCCAUGCUCGCCAGGCCGCUAAGGCUGGCGCAUUUCUCGUCAAGACCAUCGACGAUCCGAACCACGUGCUCGGAAAGAAGCGCAAGGAGCGUGUUGCUUCGGAGAGCCACGACGGCAUCAACUCAAACGUCGUCUACUCAAUGAAUAAGAACAAACGUUGGGAAGCGUUGGAGGCUGAAGCAACGUGGGAGACCACGGGUAGUGAUGGCAAACAAUCGUUGCCUGUUCAGAUUGUCGAACGUGUCUUAACCGCAAAAGUUCAAUAUUUCUCUUUUCUUUCAGACACAGUCGACAAUGUGGUGUCGUUGACAGAAAUAGACAAGAACGGAGAGGUUGUGCGCCAUGAGACCGCUGGCGGUAAAGGAGCCAACCUACAGACACUUCUUGUCACCGGCACCACCCAUAACACCAAGAAGACGAGGAAAUCACGAAAGGAAUCGGAAGCGUCGACGACUUCCGACAGUUCGGAAGCUUCGUUGGAUGAAAACGGAGAGCCGAAGGUUCAGUACACCAUCUACAAGCCACAUAAGAAUCACAAAGUGCUUGCUGGCAAGCUAUUCAACAGAAAUUAUAACACACGUAAAGCAGUGAAGACUCGCCAGAAUCUGAAACGUCUCGAUCGGGAUGAGAUGUCCAUUUCGGUUGAUGAGUUGAAUCAGAGUGUUCAUAUUGAGGAAGCCUACAUGUACAAACCAAGUCGCGACUUCAGAUUCUGUCUGGGAGACUACAUCACUCCAGAAUCCUGCACCACCAAACCAGUCUUUGUUCGACGAUCGAGCAUCGAGAGUGUGCAACCGUCUGAUCCAGCAGUCAUCACUUUCGACGAUAGCGAGGACGAGUCAACUGGACCAUUGAAUGUGGUCGAUAUCUCACAAGUUCUUCGUGCUCCACACACAUUUGAAUGGGCUCUUCUUGAUGUUUCUGAAUGGAAAGAAAUCGAGAAACAAGUUGAGGAUAUGAAGAGUGACAACAAAGUUUAUGUUCAGUGGCUUGAUGCUGAUCACCUUCGUUUUUCAAUUGAUGCUUCUCAUUUGGUUCUCGGAGAGACACAGCCACAUGGUGCAUCGGUUCUCAUGAUUGUCAUCGAGAGAGCCAUGCUCGCCAGGAAGGAACAUCUCAAAGUUCUUCUAAACUCGGAUAUUGCUCCAUCUGGACCAUUCUCAUGGCAGAUCCUUAGAGGUCUUCUGAAGCAUGCUAACAGUCUUCAGGAUAUUGUGAACAUCCUCUCGACAUUGGUUGCUGAAUGGAAGGAAGGAAGUAUUGUUGCUCCAGAAUGCAUCGAUGUUCAUCGUUCGCAGAAAAGUCGUUUUGAACUGAAACGCGAUUUGUUCCAACCAGCAUUUAACAGUAUGAUGUUGGCUACUCCAGCUCAAGUGAUGAGUGCUGAGAAGAUGGCUUCAAUCCUUCGUGACGAGGCAAUGAACACCGAAGAACAGGAAGAGAAAUUUGAACGAAUCGACUUCGAGACCGAUGAUUUUGAUUUCGAAGACGCUGACGAGGAGAAGGAACCAGCUCUUGAGAAGCUGAAAUGUGCCACCUGCGACUGCACCAAAAACUCGGAACUCUUUGAGUUGGAUGACAGCUGGCAAUGCCGUGAAUGUCUUUGCAAGCACAUCAUCGACCAGAUCCGUGCCAAAUGCAUUCCAUUAGAAAUUCCAUUCGUUCUCGGAGAGGGACAAUCUGCUUAUGACAUCCUUCCAGCUAUUAUCCCACUUCCACUUCUCAACUUUUACACCAAAAUCGCAGCCACUGAAACUUUGGCUAAUGUCGAUGGAGGUGACAUUGGAGAGUGUCCAUCGUGCAAACAACUGGUUCACAUCGACCACAACAUCAACGAAUUCAAGACUUCAGCUUGCUAUUCUUGCGGAAUCCAUUGGUGUGCAAAAUGCGAACGUGAGCCACAUUUCCCAAUGACUUGCUCAUCUUAUGCCUCAUGGAUCGAGAAGUGGGAACAGGAGUACGAACUUCAUGUUCUUGAAAAGACCGAUUUCCUAAAACGUAUCAAGUGUGCUUGUGGAUACGUUAUGAAAGUUCGUAAAGAAGCUUCUCGAGCUGAAUGUGGAGGAUGUGGACGGGUAUUCUGUCCAAAAACUCUUGAGAUGCUCGAAGUUGCCUAUUGGUCUCGUGACGAGAAGACUGGAGCAGCAGUCAGAAGACUGGAGACAUCGACUGUUUUGCCUGCUAUGUGUGUUGAGACGAUUGCCGCUUCGAAAAACAUCAAGAAAGAGUUCUCUGAUGUGUGUGGAGAAGCACGCAAACUUCGAUUCUCUGUUUCCAAGAAAACUGAGUUUGAGAAAGCGGUUCGCAAACUCAAAAAUACCUACGCUGGCGUAGAAAAACUCCGCGAUAUCCGUAAAACGGUGUUGAUCAUCGUCGAAAACGGACUCGCUCAUGUAUAUAUCGAGAAGAAACAGGACGGAUUGGCUCUCAAAUCACAACUUAUCCAACUCAUGAAACAAUGGAAUGUGAUCGAGGCGGAAAUUCAGCAUCCAGGGUUUGUUUUUCUGAGAAAAUCUGAUUUCCAAACCAGAUACGCAUCCGUUGAGAAAAACCUUUCAAAGGUUAUUAAACAACUCAAGCAAGCCAACGAGUCCGAAGCUUCUUCUCAAGUGUAA